AUGUCCAAUCCAGCCACGCCAAGACUGAGCGUGCGCGGCGGGGCCGUGGUGCUGAGGGGUGUAACGCUGUUCUUGGCUGCCGCCAAGAACCACAGGGCCUGCACGAUCCACGCCAAUAGUAAACAAGGCAAGGGCAAAGCAGGCAAGGGCAUGACUGAUAAGGACAUGUGCAAGUGCUCGCCCAAACUGCUGGAGUUGGCCAGAAGAGACAACUUGUUUACGAGAAACGAAGUCGAGGCGCUCUAUAAGAUUUACAAGAAAUUAAUAACUUUCAACAAAACUACCUCAAAGGGGAAUGCGACACAAAAUUCCGGCUCAUCCGUUAUUGGAAAACCUACAACAGUGUCGGAG